GGCCCGCUCUUCCACGGAUCGACUUAUGAGUCAUAACCAAGUCUGGCAUUGACCGCGAAAUGAUACGAACUCUCAAGAUAUCACGUAUCAUCCCACAGCAAACCAUCUACAACUACAUCCACAAGAGAAACAUGUCCUCAACACCAUCCCUACCGAAAUUCGUCGUCUGGGCACCCGAUUACACCGACGAGGGCGCUCUCCAACGAAGACUCGCAGUAAGACCUGCCCACCUCGAGAACAUCAAGAACCAAAUCAAUCGAGGCGUCCUGCGAGUUGGCGGAGCGUUCAUGACGCCCGAAUCCGUCGACGCAGCCGCAGCAGACAGAAAGUUUCGUGGCUCGUGCAUGAUUUAUGAAGGCGAAAGCGUUGAGGCCGUGCGUAAGCUCGUGGAGGAGGAUCUUUAUUAUAAGACUGAUGUGUGGGACAAGGAGAAAUUAGUCAUUCUCCCCAUCGCAUUAGUAACGGCUCUUCCGCCUGUGCCUUCUUGAUCAAUACCCGCAGAUAACGACGAUACUACUUAUAAAUGAUGGAUGCUAGCAAUAGACAUGAUAUGACACUCGUCUCUGCUCGAUCGACUUGUCCGUGGUGUAUAAACCAGGCUGAUCCAGAGCCUACUAGGUGAUGAGAUACCGCGCAAUCGCAAUCUUGAUAUCAUGAUGAAGGGCCGCAACGAAGCCCAAACCUUUUGCAUUUCUUCCCCCGCUCUUGAUCCCCAAGAUAACCAAAAUCGCAUUGUCCUUUCGAAGCCAUGAAAUCACUUGAACGAAAAAUUUCAAUGAGUCACGACGUCCCUGCGCGAUACCCUAGAUUAAACAUUGGACCAACAAGUCACAAAGCCAGCGAAACAAUAGUACGAUGUGUGAUCUCAUCGAUUUUCAUACCUUCGAACCUUUUUGUCUUCCC